UGCACAUGCGCACUCAAGUGCGCUAGUUCAAGGCACGCCGGCAGAACAAUGGCGGCAGCAAUGCGAGUGCCGGCGACUGGAGCUAGACUCAGGGUUCUAUCUAGUGUUCUCCGCACUACAGUUCGCAGCCUUUGUAGCCAACCAGCCUCCAUUAACGAACGUAUCGAGAACAAGCGAAGCGCAGCGUUGCUGGGAGGAGGCCAGCGCCGAAUCGAAGCGCAGCAUAAGAGAGGAAAACUGACUGCCAGGGAGCGGAUCUGUCUCUUGCUGGACCCUGGCAGCUUCGUGGAGAGUGACAUGUUUGUGGAACACAGAUGUGCAGAUUUUGGAAUGGCUGCUGAUAAGAAUAAGUUUCCUGGAGAUAGCGUGGUCACUGGACGGGGCCGGAUCCACGGAAGAUUGGUUUAUGUCUUCAGUCAGGAUUUCACAGUUUUUGGAGGCAGUCUGUCAGGAGCACAUGCUCAGAAGAUCUGCAAAAUCAUGGACCAGGCCAUAACAGUGGGUGCUCCAGUGAUUGGGCUGAAUGACUCUGGGGGAGCCCGGAUCCAAGAGGGGGUGGAGUCCUUGGCUGGCUACGCAGACAUCUUCCUGAGGAAUGUCACGGCAUCCGGAGUCAUCCCUCAGAUCUCUCUGAUCAUGGGCCCUUGUGCUGGUGGGGCCGUCUACUCUCCAGCCUUAACAGACUUCACGUUCAUGGUGAAGGACACCUCUUACCUGUUUAUCACUGGCCCUGAUGUGGUGAAGUCUGUCACCAAUGAGGAUGUUACCCAGGAGGAGCUUGGUGGUGCCAAGACCCACACCACCAUGUCAGGUGUGGCCCACAGGGCUUUUGAGAAUGAUGUGGAUGCCCUGUGUAACCUCCGCGAAUUCUUCAACUACCUGCCCCUCAGCUGUCAGGACCCGGCUCCUGUCCUUGAGUGCCACGAUCCCAGCGACCGUCUGGUUCCUGAGCUUGACACAGUUGUCCCUCUGGAAUCUACCAAAGCCUAUGACAUGCUGGAUAUCAUACAUUCGAUUGUUGAUGAGCGAGAAUUUUUUGAGAUCAUGCCCAAUUAUGCCAAGAAUAUCGUUGUUGGUUUUGCAAGAAUGAAUGGGAGGACUGUUGGAAUUGUCGGUAACCAACCGAAGGUGGCCUCAGGAUGCUUGGAUAUUAAUUCAUCUGUGAAGGGGGCUCGAUUUGUCAGAUUCUGUGAUGCAUUCAACAUUCCACUCAUCACUUUUGUUGAUGUUCCUGGCUUUCUGCCUGGCACAGCACAGGAAUAUGGGGGCAUCAUCCGGCAUGGCGCCAAGCUUCUGUAUGCGUUUGCUGAAGCAACUGUGCCCAAAGUCACAAUUAUCACCAGGAAGGCCUAUGGAGGUGCCUAUGAUGUCAUGAGCUCUAAGCACCUUCUUGGUGACACCAACUAUGCCUGGCCCACAGCAGAAAUCGCAGUCAUGGGAGCAAAGGGCGCUGUGGAGAUCAUCUUUAAAGGGCAUGAGGACGUGGAAGCUGCCCAGGCAGAGUAUGUCGAGAAGUUUGCCAACCCUUUUCCUGCAGCAGUGAGAGGGUUUGUGGAUGACAUCAUACAACCUUCCUCCACACGUGCCCGAAUCUGCUGUGACUUGGAUGUCUUGGCCAGCAAGAAGGUACAGCGUCCUUGGAGGAAACAUGCGAAUAUUCCAUUAUAAACAAACCAAAGGAAAAAACAAAACAAAAAAACCCAAGCUGAACCAAGAGCCUAUUCCUGCCUUUGCCAUUAUGAAAACCUGGGACUCUAAAUAUCAAUAAUAACUUGGAAUGGUUAAUAAGUUUAUAAAAUUCUAGAAAAAUCUCUUUUGUGCCAUAUUAUAAAAUUACUUGCUUUAUUAAAAAUCUUGGUAUAUUUCUGA